GCUGGCAUUUGUCUGCACUUUGAAUGGCAAGAGUUGGCCAAUAGUGUGACAACUAAUGGUAGCGACAUCUCAGAUGACAUACAUUUACCAUAAAUAUCAUAAUAUCAACAAUCACUGACUAAUUGUGACCAUCGAUGACAACUAUUAUUACUCGUUAAUUAUCACUCAUGUGAUCCGUGACAACACACACACACAACAUGAGUGCCGACUAUGAAUCCAACUUUGAAACCGAAUCCGAAUCGGAGGACAAACGCCAAUCCAAAAGAAAGUCUUUGUGUGGAAAAGACUUGUCGUCUUCGAGUAAAAAACAAAAGGCGUCGAAGAAUGAGUUCGUUGAAGAAACUGAUAAAUAUGAGAGACAAAUACGGAACCGAUUGUAUUCAUUGAAUGCCUAUCAAAGACAUGUACUGCUCGUCAAUGAGUAUAUCCUUAACCAUCCGGGAAGUACUUCAAAGUUUCAAAGAGACACUUCCAGAGAUGUUACUGAAUAUGAAGUACUAAAAAACAAUCACCGAUUCAUUUGGGAUGAGACUAACGAAGAUGAGCUGUCUUGGGGUCAAAGGUUGGCCAAAAAGUAUUACAAUUUGUUGUUCAAAGAGUAUUGUAUUUCCGACUUAAGUCGAUAUAAAGAAAAUAAGUUUGGGAUGAGAUGGAGGACUGAAAAAGAGGUCAUUGAAGGCAAAGGACAGUUCAUUUGUGGUGCCAAAGGUUGCGACACUCGAGAAGAACUUAAGAGUUGGGAAGUGUUGUUCACAUAUCAAGAAUUAGGAGAAAAGAAAAGCGCUUUAGUAAAGCUUAGGCUUUGCGAAGAGUGUUCAAACAAAUUGAAUUACAGACAAAAAAGAAAGGAAGCGAAGAAAAACAAGAAAAAACACAAAAAAGAUUCAAAAGAUAGAACUGAUUCAGUAAUCUCUGAACAAGAAAGACAUAAUCAACAAUCAGAAGCUACCACUUCUCAAGAAUUACAAACUGACACUUUAAUUGAUACAAAUAAAGGCAAUGACAACAACGUUAACGACAUUUGGACAAAACCACAACCUAUUGGUAAUAGCGAGCCAUCGAUUGAUGAAGAAUUUGAUAACUAUUUAGAAGAUUUACUUAUAUAAUGUAUUAUUUUAUUCAAAUGUUUUUUUUUUAAAUGAAUUUA